AUGGUGUUGGAGGACGAGGAGGAGUCGUUUGAGCCGGUUGGGGUUGCGGGCAGCGAAACUCUGGCUGGGGACGUUGAGUCCUGGGCAAUGGUUGGUCGCUUCCUAAUGAACAAGCUCAUCAAAUUGGAGUACAUGAGACAAGUCUUGGCCUCCGUUUGGCAGCCGGUCAAGGGGGUACAAGUUUCCGAACUGCAGCCAAAUCUGUUUCUCUUUGUCUUCUAUCACGUAACAGACAUGCAGCAAGUACUCAAUGAAGGACCAUGGUCUUUCGAGAACAAUUCGCUAGUCUGCCGUCAGGUUCGGGAUGGAGUUCUCCCUGUGGAUGUGGUGUUAGACUCCAUUGAUAUGUGGGUGCAGUUCCAUGACCUCCCCAUGGGUUAUACGUCCGACUCGGUGCUGGAACAGAUAGGCAACUUUCUGGGUGUGUUCAUCAAGUGCGAUGAUCGUUUUGCUGGUGUCCCUUGGCGUAGCUUUUAUCAUGUUCGUGUGUCAAUCCCUGUUGACAAACCUAUCAAGCGGCGCAUGCGUCUUGUGAAGCGAGAUAAGUCCACUUGUUGGGUGACAUUUAAGUAUGAACGCCUCCAUAACUUCUGCUUCUAUUGUGGUUAUUUGGGGCAUUCAUAUAAAUUUUGUCUCAAGGCUAGAGAGUCGCCCCUUUCGGUUUCUCAAUAUCCAUAUGAUGCAAGUUUACGUGCGGGGGGCAGUCGUGGACCACAUGCAGUAGGUGAAAGAUGGCUGGUGCCGGCUGAAGGUCCUUCUCGGCCUAGCGGGACGGGAGUUGUCGCGCCAGCACCUGCGGCAGUUGAGGUUAUGAAUCAUGCCCGUGUUGAGGAAGGGGUGGUGGCAGUUUCGAAGAGGAGGAGGGAAGGGCCUAGUGGUGGUCGAAGGUCGGGUGGUGCUGGAAGGGACAUUGUUAUGCAAGAGGUUUCAAAAAACUUGUCUAUGGCGGGUUCUGGUCCCCAGACCCGCCCUUCAUCAUGA